UUCCUUAUUUGCUUCUUCCAAGUGUACAUCUCUCAGCUUCAACAACACCAGCAAUGUGCAGUCCUCGCUGGAAGUGGUGGUUGAAUGGCGCUGAUGGCCGGUGUCGCCUGCCGGAGAAGCUUACUGUGGCCUCAGGCACCAAGCCCCGAUAGCAUCAGCUCGACUUGACUAUCCGCAGUUUAUCACAUUCACUAUCGAUCGGACUUUCAUUCCCCUCACCACUUCCCUCCCCUUCCCCCCAUUACAACCUGACCCAUUUCCUCAAGUCCCUUGCGCCUCUUGAAUCCUUCUCCUUCUCUACACUAUCUCUCCCAAGGAGUUGCACUUCUUUUUCUCAUCUCUGUUCAAAAGCGCCACCUUCUACACCUCAAAUUCCAGUGCGGGGCUUCAUCAUGGCGGACAGACAAACAGUGCAGCACACUUUGAACAACCUGCUGCAUAAGCUGGAUGAUCCCGAUCCGGACAUGAGAUACAUGUCCCUCAAUGAUCUUCUUGGUCUCCUGGACAACCCAAACUCGUCAUAUCUGGCCCAUGACCAGCUCUCCGCCUCGAAGCUGGCCGACGGCCUCCUCAAGGCGCUUGAUGAUCAACACGGUGAUGUCCAAAACCAAGCACUGAAAUGUCUUGGUCCCCUCGUUCAUCGACUGCCAUUUGAGAAUCUCGCCUCUAUUCUCGAAAAACUCACCAACCUCACAGCCUCCCAAACCAUCGAUACAUCCGUCCCCAAUACCGCUCUACGAUACAUCGUUACUGCUCUCCCUCGCCCUCAGGCUGGACAAACCCCCAGUCAAGAGGCCACUUCGGCUUACUCGGCGGUGUCUCGUGUGCUCAUACCUCGUUUGACCGGCCCCAUACCAUCCCCCUCCAGCAGAAGAGGCUCUGUAGUCAAGGGAAUGCUCGAGAAGGACCCAUCCAAGGGCUUCAGUAGUGAUGCCAUUGACGUUCUUAUUCAAGUCGUCACAUGCUUCGGACCGCUCUUGCAGGAAGCUGAGCUGAGCGCCCUGCAAAACUCCGUCAUGUCCAUUGUCGAUAACGACACGGCUGGUACCGUGGUGACGAAGCGCGCACUGGCAGCCAUCUCAGCCUUGGUCCUUCAUUUCUCCGACCACCAGCUCAACCUCUUUGUGAAAGACCUCACCAACAAGUUCAAGUCUCAACCCACCACGAUUCACCAACGUCACCUUGUCGCCACCGUGGGCAGCAUAGCAAAGAGCGCCCCCGCAAAGUUUGGCCCCUACCUUCCAACGCUGGCGCCAUUCGUGUUCUCGGCCCUUGGUGAGGAUGCAGUGGCCCCAUCGAGAUGCGCAUGUUUUGACGAGGAAUAUCUGGAAGCAGGCCUUCGUAUACACUUUACCAGUUUCAGAGUCGGCACUAUGCGUAUGCUGAACUGGGCCCUCCCCUUCUGGGGUCUUGCGGCGUGCACGACUGCCCGGAACAUCAUCACUUUGCAGUCGAACCACCAAGUGUCGCCAAUCCUUCCUCACCCCCAGGACGAUGUUAGCAUUCAACCACUUGCGGGACGUGCACCAGCUGGCCUUCGAUGCGGCUCCGGGGUCGGCAAAUGUCCAGAGAAACUCUGCUGCUCCACUGCCGGCUAUUGUGGAGAUUCCAAGGACCACUGCAGCUCGCCUGACUGCCAGAUCGACUACGGCUAUUGUGACGCGCACAUGACCCCAGGCGGAUCCUCCACCGAAGACAUUCCCCGUCCUCUUGAUGGGACUGCCCUUUAUGGACCUCAUAUCAUUCGAUCCUGCACUGUCCCGGGUACUGUCGCUCUAACCUUCGAUGACGGUCCCAAGGAGUUCACAAAGGAUCUACUCGAUCUUCUUGAUCGGUACGAAGCGAAGGCGACCUUCUUUAUCACCGGCAACAACAAUGCCAAAGGUCAAAUUGACAGCCCUGGAAUGCCAUGGGCAGGCUUGAUUCGACGUAUGCAUGAGAGUGGCCAUCAGCUUGCCAGCCACACCUGGUCUCAUCAGGAUCUUAGCAAGAUCUCACGUUCUCAGCGUCGCAUUCAGCUGUUGUGGAACGAAGCCGCUCUGCGCAACAUCCUGGGAUUCUUCCCUACAUACAUGCGCCCUCCCUAUUCUAGCUGCACGGCUGAGUCCGGUUGCUUGGCGGAUAUGGGAGAGCUUGGCUACCAUAUCAUUCUUUAUGAUAUUGACACAGAGGAUUACAAGCACGACAGUCCAACGGAGAUCCAACGCUCCAAGGACAUCUUCGACAGUAGUCUGGAUGCUCGGACUGCCUUUGACCGCCCCUGGCUUGUGAUUGCUCAUGAUGUCCAUGAGCAAACGGUCCACAACCUGACGGAGCACAUGCUGAAAAAGCUUAUCGCCGAGGGAUUCCGGCCAGUGACGGUGGGUGAGUGUCUGGGGGACUCUCCCAAGUACUGGUACCGUGAAGACAACACUCCUGAUGGCCGCAACUCGAGAAAGAACGUCGUCCAGGAUUCUUCGAAGAUAGUCUCAUUCGACGGGAUGUGUGGCGGCAAUGUUACAUGCGAUGGGUCCCGCUUUGGGCCUUGCUGCAGUGGCACCGGCUUCUGCGGCAAUUUGACCACGUUCUGUGGCGAGGGUUGUCAGAAUGAUAAUGGAAUCUGUGACAGCAAAAAUGAUGUUGUUGUCGCUGAAGAAGAUCACGCCGACUUCAGACCAUCUAGCAAAGUCAUUUCGAAGGGCAAGCCUGCCAAGUCGGGUGCGAGUCGUAUGCUCCAGCCUUCGAGAUUUCCCAUCGAGCUUGCGGUACUGCCUUUGCUCGCUGUGCUGAUGGGAUAGUUCGGAGAUCAAGAACCUAGCAGACCAGACUUGUCCUGGUACAUCAUUGAUAUCCUGAGUGCUGCCUGAUCACUAUGUUGUGAGUCGUGCAUGUUAAGAUAGGUUGAGCCUGUGCUUUGUAAGACGUUUGUACACUCCUUUGGGCAUUGAUAAGAAAGUUAUGAAGCUUGACCAGAAGGGUCACUGAAGAGCAAGGAUGGUCAUUUCUGGUUCAUUGGCAGCUCCUGAAACCGUACACAUUAUAGAAGCGUCCAGUCGUGGCUAAGUCGAG